AUGGACCCCAUCUACCUGUUCGCGAUAAAUGGUAAAAAAAAGUUAUGUCCCCCGGACUGGGAGUGGGAGGCGCUACCGGAUACGUAUCAGCCUGUGGUGAGGACUCCCCUGGACAAGUUCGGAUUUGCAAUGAAAUGCUGCUAUUGUAUACCACUCAGGCCGGCGUCGAUAUUUGUGUGUAUUAUAUCCAUUAUAUGGUCAUGUGUCCAAAUGUACACGGGGCACAAAUUGAUGAGGAGAAUUUUCGAAAAUCCCACUGUUUUAUAUUGGUCAACAGCAUUAUACACUUUAAUAGCUUUAAUGAUGAUGAUUUCAUCAAUUGUUUUGUUAUUGGGCAUAAUAAAGAGGAACUAUAAGUUUCUGAAUUUCUACGUAUGGUUUGCGCUAAUCUACAUAAUUAUAUACAUCACUAUCGUCAUGUUGGGCGCGGCGUCCACCGUGGCUGCCUCAGGAUAUAUAUCAUUGAAGAAAACAUUGAGACUUUUGUUAACCAUGCUUUGGACUUUAUUGUUUUUGUACUUCAUCAUGAUCGUGAACAGUUACAGGAUAACAGUUUGGGCUUAUUAAGAAUAAAUAAAUAAAUAUAUACGGACAAAACACACAGAUUGUUUUAGCCCCAAAGUAAGUUCGAGACUUGUGUUAAAGGAUACUAACUCAACGAUACUAUAUUCUAUAACAUAUAUACGUACAUAUAUAGAUAAACAUCCAAGAUCCAGGUUAAUCUGAAAAAGAUCAUUUUCCAUCUUGUCCUCACCGGGGAUCGAACCCGGGAUCUCCAGUGUAGCAGUCCGGCGCGGUGUAAUAACCAUUAAGGUCGUCAAAUCAAUUUAUAUAAUCUUCACAAGACGUACGUAAGUAUGUACCUACUUAUAAAUUCAAAAUUGAAAUCAUUUAUUCAGAAACCAGACCUUCACGGGCACUUUUUCUCGUCAAUUUUUAUAUUUAUAGUUAUUCCUCACAAGCUACAAACUACUGGCAUUUCGGAACAACCACUGCUGAGAAGAAAUGCCGAAAGAAACUCAUUUGAACAGUAUUGGUCCCUAUCAUGCUAGAAGGGCUUACCAUUAUUGUUUCUUACAAUGUUUUUUUCUAAUAAUAUAUAAAAGUACAUAAUGUACAUAGUCAAAAGGUAUAUCAAAACAGGUUAUGAUUGUGAUCCGAGUGCUGAAUAUAAUAUAUAUAUAUAUAUCGAUGUGAAACACAAUUAACUUACCUAAAAAUAUAUGAGAAACGAGAUGACCAGUUCCCUCUGGCAGCACCCGUUCACGAGUUGACGUAGCUCGUAACGUAGCCAUCGCGUAGCUCAACCAUAACCUCAC